AAAAUUGUGACCAUUAGGGAAGUAUUUUUUGUAACGAGUUCGAUCAAAGUUAAAACCUAGGUUUCUGGCGAAAAUAACAUUCGAGGAUGUCUUAUUUAAAGUAGUGCGUUGACUGUUUGACAGUAGUCUUCGGGUAGUCAUGAGCAAGCUGGACUGGUUCUGGAGAUGGUUCAUUGUCACCAAGAUCUACACAAAGGGAUGGGGAAAUCCUGUGGACAUGAAGAGGAUAAUGUUGCUGAGAAAGCGCCUUGGAAACAGAGAAGCCCUCAGCAAGAUUCUUCCUCGUGAUUACCCGGUCUACAUUGACAAGGAGACGCGGAGCUCUGAUUUUCGGCUACUGGAGGGCCACUUCCUCUCCCCUGUGAACGACCACUGCCCUGGGAUCAUGCCUAAAGAUGUUGAAGUGGCCAGGUUUGAAAUGGUGCUGCCGAAUGAAUGGAAGUCAGAUUUGCGGCCAAUGUGUGUCCAUAUGGGUGGCACAGGGGAUCAUGGUUUUGGCAGGAGGCGGAGAAUGUUUGCGAAACCACUGUUGAAGGCACAUGGCAUCGCCUCGCUUAUUUUGGAGAAUCCAUACUAUGGUUGCAGGAAACCAAAGCAACAGCUUCGUUCUAGCCUGCAUCAUGUGACAGACCUGUUUGUGAUGGGGGCAGGGCUUAUCAUGGAAUCCAACAUCCUCUUCAACUGGUUGGACAGGCAGGGAUAUGGGCCCCUAGGGGCAACAGGGGUCUCCAUGGGUGGUCAUAUGGCGUCCCUUGGAGCCUGUAGCUGGCACAAACCAAUAUCCUUGAUCCCUUGUCUAGCCGGUAGUACUGCCGCUGGGGUCUUCACUCACGGAGUGCUAAGUACAGCAAUUCCGUGGAAGAUUCUGGAAAAACAGUACCAGGAUGUGGAUCUCUUCCGGGAAGAAAUCAUGGGCCUCAUUGAGUCGCCAGAACCGUACUGGAACUCCAAGGUUUCCAUGUACCAGAGAGGGAAGGAUUUCUUCCACAAGCUUAAAGAUGACUGCUUGGAGGGAGCAGGUCCCAAUUCUCAGGAAAACCAGCCAGACUUGUUAGUCCAUUCUGCUCACACCCAUAGAGACAUUAUUGGAGCUGAUCUUGCCAGUGACAGUUUCUAUAAACCAUCUAUCACCUGUGAUACAUCCCAUAUAUCUGGUCAAAGUGCCUCAGAGGAUCACGUCAUAAGUAAACCACAGGAAAAUGGUUCUAGUCAAGGUUGGGUGAACAGCAUUGUUAAAAGUAUUCCUAGGUAUCUAAAUCUUUACAAAGGAAAAAAUGACAAUUCUGAAGCAAUGAGAAAACAACUGGAGCUUGACUGUAAGCAUUUCAUGAAAGGUGUGAUGGACGAGUGUACUCACUUGGACAACUUUUCACGGCCUCUUGACCCCGAGCUGAUCAAGAUAGUGAUAGCUAAAGAUGACGAAUACAUCCCCCACAGUGGCUAUAUGAAGCUCGAGCAUAUAUGGCCUGGCUCCCAGGUCAGGUACAUCUCCGGGGGUCACAUUAUGGGUUAUCUCGGGAACAGGAAGAUUUUCACGGAAGCCAUCGCAGAAUCAUUUGAAAUUCAUUCACAGAAAUACUUCAACAAGAAGGUUCGCCAGUCUUCUUCAUGAUGACAGAUGGCAAAUAGUGCUAAGGCGUAAAAAAUAAGUGUUUGUUUCCACCAACCCUACCAACCCUAUUUUUCCCUCCCCACCAUACACUUUAUUAUGCAAUAGUGUGGAUAUUUUUCAUAAUUUCCAAAAUAAUUUGCCUUUUGAGUAAAAAGGUUAAAAUUUGAGCAUUUUAUGUUAAAUUUUUCUAUAAUUAUAGUGAAAAAUAAUACCCUGAAAUGGUCAGUUUGGUACAGAAUCUAGGUUUUGAAAUAAAAGAAGAUAAUACCUACCAACCUACCCUAUUUCUCUUUGUCAAAGAAGUUAGUUGAAACAAAGAUUACUUUUUGGCCUAAUGAGUGCUGGAAUGAGGACUACUACUAUCUAAAGAAGAAUAUUUCAAAAUUUAACAUCAAUAAAUAGGGACUAAAAAAAGAUACAUUUGGUUCGGGUAACCCGACCCUACCUAUGAAAUAGGCAACGCGGGACCCUACCGUUUUUAUAGUCAGUUUGAAAAAAGAAAUGAAAAGCUAAAAAAAAAUGGAUGUUACCCUAACCAAACAUUUUUUUUUGGCCUUAAGUGUGCGUCUGUUAAAGAUUUGUGAGUUAUACAAUUUAGAAGGCUAUGAACUGUGAUUAAAGUUGGUGUUCAAUUUAGUCAAAUUGUUGACUACAUGAUUUGUAGAUUUUAACUUGAAAUUUAUGAAUGUUAAGAUUGAUUUGACUGUGAUUUUUUUUAGUUUUUGCUUAUUUCAAAGAAUUGCUAACUGGAUAUCUAAAUAUAAAAGAAACAACAUAUUAACUAAUAAUAUGAAAUUGCUUGCUAAUUUUUAAGCAAUAUUGAAAAUAACUUUUAACUUUCAUAACUUUAAAUGAAAAGUUAAGCCUUUUUAUAAUAUGAUAUGCAUUUUUAAAUAUGUUAUUGUUAUGAUAAGUUAAAAAUAGCUAGCCGUUGACAAGUAUUAAAUAACUUUUUUUAUAUUUUCCAAUAAAACGAUAUCUAUUUCAAUUAUUUUUAAGGUUUACAGAAAAUAUGUUUUGAGUGAAAAAAGUUUCUGUGAUAAAGUUAGUAUCAUGAAGUAUAUGUGCUUGAUACGUUGAAACUAUGGAUGAAUGGUGUAUCCCAGAUAAUCUUUGUAUUGUGUUAAUAUUGGAACAGUAAAAUGAUUCUGUUUUAUAUGGUUAACAAAAAUAAAGUAAUUGACAAGUAUUGUUGAAAAUUGUAAACUUAUAUUUUAAUUAAAAGAACUCACACAUUUUUUUUUUCAAAUCAAACUAGAAUGUCGUUUAAAACACUAAACAGUAACCAACAAAUGUUCAUUUAUGAACAGAAUUUUGUAAUUUCAAGCCUAACUAAAUAUUCAAUUUCAAAAGCAUUACUUUUGCUUUUCGGCACUAUAAAGCAUUUUAUGUGAUAUUUUCAAAAAAUUAUAAAGAACAGAUAUCUUUUUUGAAGUUGUGCUGGCGUUUUACCAUUAGUACAAGCAUUUUGUUAAUAUGUCACACAAAUGAAAACAACUCAUAGUUGAUCCUAUGAAACUAGAAUUAGUCUCUUUAAUUUACACUGCCAUUAACUUGUGAGGUAUUAUUUAUCAUAGUUUAGUGUCAGCAGCAGCCAGUUGUAUGAAACUUGGGCAAGUUGUCAACAGGUUAUCUGAAAGGCCUAGUUAAAGCCUAUAAGUGCCCCCCCCCCCCAAUUUAUAAACAUCCUCUGUUAAUUGAUCUUAAUCUUAUUGCCUAAUUGUCUUAUCAGAUCUCCUAUCUAAGUAUCCUGCUGUGUAGUUUGGGAUGUUUUAUUGUAAAAAUGGACCCUAAAUGGCCCUGAGCCAAUAAACGAAUACACAGGAAAUUGGCCCCUACUGUGACACCAGUGCAAAUAGCAGGAGAUGCACAGCAGGGGAUAAUCACGCCAAACAUUCCUUAGACUAGACCUAUAAGGCUAGUUUGUAAUUUGAAAUGAUUUGAUUGGUUAAUAUUUAUUGUCGGAUAAGUAUUGACCAAUCAAUAAGAGUUUUGGCCAACUCUAACCAAUCCAAAGACUUAACCAGUUUUAUACAAUUGGCUGCUGCAGGUAAAUUUUAGUAUUACUUGUUUUGUUUUCGUGCAGCUAAUAAAGAGCAUUUAACCAUGUAUAUUAUUCCGUAUAUAUGAUAUUCAUAUGAGUUAAAAAUAAACAUACUUGAAAGUAUUAAAUUGA